GGACCAUGUGACUGUCAGUGGAUAAGUACUCGGCGCGAAAUUGCGAAGGAGUGAUCAUGAUGACGGAGGAGAUAAAGAUCAUCGGAGUGGUGGGUGGCGGCCAAAUGGGCUCCGGAAUAGCCCUACUCGCCGCCGCACGUGGAAUCGACGUUUGGCUCCAUGACACCGAUCCUAACGCCCUCACCCGAAGCAGGAAAUACGUCUCCGGUUUCGUCCAAACCCUCGUUUCCAAAGGUCACCUCUCCCAGGAUGCAGGCAGUGAUGCUCUGGUGCACCUACAUUGUACCUCAAACUUGGAAGACCUUCAUUCUGCUGACGUUAUUAUCGAAGCCAUUGUUGAAUCUGAGGAUGUGAAGAGAAAGUUAUUUUCUGAACUAGAUAAGAUUGCAAAAGCUUCAUGCAUUUUAGCAUCUAAUACAAGUUCUAUCUCCAUUACUCGUUUAGCAUCUGCAACAAACCGGCCACAACAGGUGAUUGGCAUGCAUUUUAUGAACCCUCCUCCUAUAAUGAGACUAGUUGAGAUUGUAAGAGGUGCUGACACAUCAGAUGCUUCGUUCAGUGCUACAAAAUCCUUGGCAGAGAGGUUUGGCAAAACAGUUAUUUGCUCUCAGGAUUAUCCUGGUUUCAUUGUAAACCGAAUAUUGAUGCCAAUGAUAAAUGAAGCGUUUUACACACUCUACACUGGAGUGGCAUCCAAGGAGGACAUCGAUACAGGAAUGAAGCUGGGAACAAAUCAUCCAAUGGGCCCUCUAGAACUUGCUGAUUUCAUUGGACUAGAUGUGUGCUUGUCGAUAAUGAAAAUCCUGCAUGGUGGCCUCGGGGAUGGCAGAUACGCUCCGUGCCCUCUUCUUGUGCAGUAUGUUGAUGCUGGUCGCCUUGGAAGAAAACGAGGCAUUGGUGUGUACAACUAUCAUAAAGCAGUCAAGGAAACUAGUCUAUCAGGUCGACUCUGAAUGAAGCCGUCUUUCGUGGAGUUGGUGAGGGGAUAAAAUUAUGUAUCAGAGGAGGAAUUUGAUAUUCCUCAAGAACUAUGUAUUCAACAAGAAGCAUGAGGGAAGCAACCUCGAGCAAAACUUAAUUUCAAUACCGAACAGAAUAUAUAUUUAAAUGGAAGAACUCUCUGACCUGGGUUCAAGGGUUGUUAUCGCAA